CACACGUUAGCAAUCAAAAAGCCAAACUAUCUUCAUCAAAGAGAAAAAAGACUCCGUCCUGCCACAGAAUAUGCACUGGCAAAAAUCUUCUGCUCCUGAACAACAGCCGCAGCCUCGCCCCUAUCAAGGUGUCCGUGUCAAAGAGCCAGUGAAGGAGCUGUUGAAGAGGAAACGGGGAAACGUUCAUAAUGCCAAUGCAACGGCAGCUACAACGGUUGUUUUACCCCAUCAGCCGCUUCCUUCAUAUUCGCCAAUGGGCCAGCCUUGCAUUGAUAUGGACGUUGCUGCCUCUGCAUUGCCCAUCACAGAUGAAGGAGCACUCUGUUCUGGUUGGCUCUCCCAGCCCUCUCCCACGUCCUUGCAGCCUUUAACUCAGUGGACCACUUACCCCGAUUAUGUGUCCCAUGAAGCAGUCAGCUGUCCAUAUACUGCAGAUAUGUAUGUUCAGCCUAUGUGUCCCAGCUACACGCUUGUUGGACCUUCAUCUGUUCUGACUUACGCUUCUCAACCACUGAUCACCAAUUUCGCACCUAGAAGCACCACCCCAGCAGUAGUCCCUCAGCUCGAGGUGACGGAUCAGCAGGCACCCCUCACGUAUUUCCCAUGGGCACAGCCCCUCUCUGCACUGCCAGCUUCCACUUUGCAGUACCAGCCGGCUUCUUCCACGCUUCCCGGGCCACAGUUCGUGCCCUUGCCGAUCUCCAUUCCCGAGCCGGCCUCCCAGGAGCUGGAGGAUGCCAGGCGAGUCAUUGGCACGCUGCCCAUUGAGAAGCUGCUUCUGGAAGAUGAAGACAAUGAUACGUACGUUUUAAAUCACGCUCUGUCUGUUGAAGGGCUUUAAGCUGCACGUCUUGGGCCUGAUCCUUGCUUACUCAAUACUCGACUUGGCCCUGCAGUGAGUUUCGAGUAAAAAAAGGAAAAGCAGGCUGGGGGGUGGGGACUUUACUUGGUACUUUGUUGUCCACCUCGAGCGCACCAUGAUUUGCGUGUUGUGUGAAAUUCACUUUGUCCUGGGGCUCAGCACAAGAUUGCUGUGCCGUUAUCGCUCCUGCUAACUCUCCCAGGCAGGCUCUUAAUGCUGUGCAAUUCUUGCGCUCAGCCUCAACACGAGGUGACUUUCAUUCUCAGACUCAGGGCAUGGUCUCAAAUUGGCAUACUGCAGUGCAGCUGUCUCCAACUGUAGCAUUUGGUAAGGGUAUGCUUGUCCCUAAAUGUUGUCAAGGGUUUAUUCAAUAGGACUGUUUUCCAGAGCUCUGUUUAAAUGCCUUGUAUGUGUUUCUCUGCUUUGUCCAUAGAGGAGUCUUUACCAGAUUUAGGCCACUAGAAAAUAUUUUUGGGGCCUAAAUAGAGAUUUUUCUUUUCUAAAUUGAACUGCCCCUUUGGAAAAACAAGAAAAUGAAAAGUUUAGGCUAAUUUUACCACUAUAGAUGCAUCAGUCUGAAGGCAAGAAAUCAGUAGAGUUGAACUAAAUGCCAGUGCAGUCAGACAUCCCUAUGCACCGAGCAGCACAAGCAUGCCAUGCUUGCCAGGUUGAUAGACGGACAUGUAGAUCUGGGACAGUGGUCCCGAUCUUUCCCAAUCUUGGAGUCGCAAUCUUUCAGCUACAAGAUGUUUUUGGACUCUAAAAUAUCCACCUUAAAGAUGGGGAGGGCCCGGUUUUGUUACUGGCUGGUAAUGCUGCAUAUUCUACCAAUGGACAGAUCCUGGUCCCACUGAAGUCACCGGGAGUUUUGCCUGAGUCAGGAUUGCAAGACAUGGCCCCAUGUCAGGAGAUCACUGAGGAGACAGGGUCUUCCAAAAUCUGGACUUCAGUCUGACAAGGAGUUCAUGGCAUUACUAUUAGGCGGCAGUACUUUCGUUUGUCCUCUAGCAUUUGAGCAUGAAGUUGGCGAUGUCACGCUGAGACAGGGAACCUUAGCGACCUCUCUUGUGCCUUACUGCUAUGGAAAGGUUCUCUGUGCUGUAGUCUCCCAGGUGCACACAUUCUCUUUAUAGCUUUCUGAUUUUCUUUCCUGGUGAAUGAGUAGCUUUAUUGUUUCCUCUGAUGCGACUGUAAAUAUUAUUGUUGAUGUUCACAAGUGCCAUGCCAGAGGCAAAAAUAUUUGGAGGACAUGUAUCCACUUCUAACUUUGUUUAUUGUUUUCUUAAUAAACAAGGGACUCCUGGCCAAUGAGCAUAAUUUCUCUGGGUUUUUCUGCUUUCUAAAGCCCAGGAUCCUUAGGUGGCGUUGUUAUUUACAAGACUUUCUGAAAAAUAAUUUAUUGCACUGUUUAUUAACUGGUGCCCAGCGCUUCGGUUGCCACUCAGGCAAUAUUUCUAGUGACCUUACAGUUCAUGCCUGAGUGAAGUUUGCAAGCUCAGGUCAAAAGUCUCGGACUGUCAAAAAACAUUUCAUUAUUUAAUACUGACAAAUCUGGAACAUGUAAACAAUAGAUCAUGUAAAUGAUCAUAAAGUCAUUUGGAAAUAGCAGUAGUUCAGGUGCAUUGAAAUUAGUGGCUUGUAUUUGCAGAAAAACCCAGCAAAGAAAUUAAUUAAAAGCAGCUUAGUUCACCACUGUUUACUCCAGUUUUACAAAUAAAAACACGUUCAGUAGAUAAAACUGGAAUAAUGCAGUUGUGAAUCAAGCCCAUGGUUGCUAAGAUUGCUUUUAAAUUUCUUUCACUUCAAUGUAUGUAAAUUCUGUGUGUCAAUAUAAAACGAUGAUGAACUGUUUCAGAAUUUCUUUCUGGGUUGUUCUGGUUAGAAAAAGACAAUCUUCAAUAAAGAUUUACAGUAACUUU